AUGUUCAAGUUCGUGGCGGACAACGUCGGAGGCGUGGGGACGAAACGUAAACAGAGCCCCCGGUCGUGCGACUCCUGCAAGCGCCGUCAUAAACGCUGCCCUCACACGAGAGACCCAAGGAAUUCAAGCCCGCUGGCUCUAUCGCCAGAUUCGCCCCGAAGCACACCACGACAAAACUCGACCGAUGCAUCGAGCUGGCCCCAGUUCCAGGGAGCUGCGGAUGCCCAAGGGGCGAGGCCACAGGCGGACACGCAGUCACAGGUGCAAAGACAUGCGCCGCAACCAAAGUCCACCUCGGAGCCAAGGGGAGGGUCGGAAGAGGCGCACUUGCGCUUCGUGGCCGAUUUGAGCCCGGAAUCCGCCUUCAUCAUCAAUGGUCAACGGGGGGCGGGAACCCCCAGCAUAUCCACGCAUGGUGUAGGUCUGUGGCUUGGCCAGGAACACAACCAGACAUCCCAGGAGGCCACGUCUCGCGGCGAGACAGAGGAUGAAGCCGUCCAUGUGCCGCCGCAGGUACUGGAUGGCCAUGCUGGUCAACCCAUGCUGCUGUCGGCUCUGCGCCCAGCGUUGCGGCGUGAGUGCAUAGCGACGAUGCCCCCCGAGUACGAGCUUGGUUUGCUUUUUGACCUGUUCUACGCAAAGAUCGAUCCCAUCUUCCCGCUCCUCAGAGAUGAGCCCUGGGAGAAACAUAGCACCAUGGAGACAGUGGCCCUGAAACAGUGUAUCUGUCUGGUGGCAUCCUUGGAUCCCGCGCUGCGACCGCACCUUCGGCUCCCCCACACACAAGGCACCCUGUCGCAAAUCGACUUUCGGGCGCGCAUCGCCGCCGCAGUCAAGCAGUCCCUGGAUCUGGGCUUCAUCGUCGACAAGGUGGUGCUGCUGCAAGUAUGUGCCUUGAUGUCCAUGUAUGUGGAAAACGAAGGCUUCGGUGAGCUAUCGACGUACUACUGCGCUCAAGCAGUUCUCCACGAGCAGACGCUCGGCUUUCAUGUCGGAUGGCCGGAUGGAAAGGCCGGUGGUGAGCGCUCACGUCGCAUCUUCUGGUGUGUCUACAUCUUGGACCGACUUAACGCGGCCACCAACGGUCGCCCGACCCUCAUCCACAGGCGCGACAUGGACAGAAAGGUGACGAACUCGGUCGACGAUCAACCGCCACCCUUCAAGCUCCUCAUACGUAUCGCGCAGUUCCUAGACUACACCAUAUCACUCUACCGCCCCCAUGUCACGGCGCAGGCUCAUGCAGAGAACGCGGACCAAACAUUUGAGGAUCUCGUCGAGGCGACUGGCGCGCAGAACCUGGGCAACGGCAUGCUGGCCUCCCUCGAGCUCUUCUACCUGUCCGUGGUCGUCCUGCGAGGAAGGUCAGCCGGGCAACGGCCUAGCUCGGAGCUCCAGUGGUACUGCGCGGCCCGCAUCGUGGCCGUCGCGUCGGGCGAGUUCAAGCCUUCCCUCGUCUUCUGGCCCAUACUGCCGUUUGCCGUCACCGUGGCCGCCUCGGUCGCAUACAGGAGCCUGCGCAACAGUCCCAUGCCCUACAACCGGCGACGCGCCUACAUGCUCUUCCACGACAGCUGCGAAGUGCUGGACGAACUCAGCAAAGCGUUCCUCUCGGCGCGGGCCAUGGCACGCCUGGCCAUGGACACCAUGCAGGAAGUCGAGCGAGUCGCGACCGAACGAACGAGGAGAGAGAGCAUCCGAUCCCUGCACGACAAUGGACCUUCGACGGAGGUUGCUCUUGUCGAUCGCGGUGGUGCCCAGGACGCCGCACGAGACGUCGACCAACAAGCGCAGUCGCUGCGGGCCCAGGCUGCCGGCUUGUCACAGCCGUUGGAGGCUGGGCCCGGCAACCCAAACAUGGAUCAGCAACUGGCCCACACUUGUGACCAAUUCGACCCCAAUUUCUUCAAUGAUUUCGACGGCGAAGCUGGCGUCUUUGGAAACUUUGACCCAAGCUUCGAUCUCGGCAGGAUCGACGCCAUCUUCUCGGCCAACCUCGACCUGGGCUGGUCGUACUUUGGGGAAGGCUGGCAGACAUCGGGUCAGUUCCCCUGA